AUGGAUUUCAGUGUACGGAUGAUAAUGAGUGUGCAAGACCAGGAAUCUGCCACUGGAAUGCUACUUGCACCAACAACCCUGGCUCCUACAUGUUGCAAGAACCUGCAAGGAACCUACACCUGCCUCUGUAACAGUGGCUAUCAAAGCAACGGACAGACAUGUGUGGACAUCAAUGAAUGUGAAAUCAACUUCUGCAGCCCAUUUGCUGAUUGUACUAACUUGCCAGGCUCAUAUCGAUGUACCUGUCCUGAAGGAUUUAAUGGAAAUGGCUUAGCUUGUGUAGACAUUAAUGAGUGUGAUAGAAAGAACAGCUGUGACCCCAAUGCAUUAUGUACAAAUCUGCUCGGAAGCUACAAAUGUUCCUGCCGCUCUGGGUUCCUGGGCAUUGGUACAAAGUGCACUGACAUUAAUGAAUGUGCUACUGCUAACGUUUGCCCAGCCGUUGCUGCAUGUGUCAACACAGCAGGUUCAUUCUUCUGUGACUGUGGUCAAGGCUAUAACUUUAGUCAAAAUCAGUGUGUAGAUUUGGAUGAAUGUGCCAUAGGACUUUGCAGUCCUUAUGCUUCUUGUGAAAAUAUGCCUGGUUCAUACAAAUGCUCGUGCAUAGCUGGUUUUAAAGGUGAUGGGCUUGUAUGCGAAGAUGUGGAUGAGUGCGUCACAGAAAAGCGGUGCCAUGUUAAUGCACUCUGUAUAAAUUUACCAGGGAAAUACAACUGCAGCUGUAUGGUGGGAUAUACAGGGAAUGGUGUGUUGCAGUGCACAGAUGUAAAUGAGUGUCUUGUUGAAAAUGGUGGCUGCAAAAACAGAGCAACAUGUUCCAACAGUAAGGGGUCUUUCUCUUGCAUUUGCCCCUCAGGCUUUCGGCUAGUCAAUCAUACCACCUGUCAGGACAUCGAUGAAUGCCAGCUUCCUGAAAAGGUUUGUGGCACCAAUGAGCAGUGCACAAACCUGGAAGGAUCAUAUUCAUGCCAGUGUAAAGCAGGCUUCAGUCGAAUCAUUGAUGACUUCUGCUCUGAUAUUGAUGAAUGUGAACUUCAGAAACCUUGUCAUCAAAAUGCCACCUGCUUGAAUUUGGCAGGCUCCUAUUCAUGUACCUGCAAAAGUGGCUUCAAGGGAAAUGGUGUAACAUGUGAAGACAUAAAUGAAUGUGCACUUGGUGGUAUAUGCCAUCUACAUGCUAAUUGCUACAACUAUAUUGGUGAAUUCUUGUGUAAAUGUCACCAGGGUUUUAUAGGUGAUGGUUUCACCUGUACAGAUGUAGAUGAAUGUGUUGUUUCAAAUGCUACUUGUCCAGGAAUCUCUGUAUGUGUCAAUUCCUUGGGAGCAUAUGUCUGUUCAUGUCUGAAUGGGACAGUAGCAUACAACAACACCUGUGUCUUCCCUAGUCUUGAAUGUGAUCCUGCCUGCCAUCCACAUGGACUCUGUCAUCCUUCACCUUCUGGCUAUCAAUGUGUGUGUGAUGUGGGAUUCAAAGGGGAUGGACUUACUUGCUCAGACAUUGAUGAAUGUGAAGAGAAUGUGUGCCUAAUGAAAGAGACACAGUGUGUCCAUAAUCCAGGAUCCUUUGAAUGCAUAUGCAAAAGGGUUACUCUUUCAAUGGAACAAAAUGCACGGGAUGUGGACGAAUGUAAAGAAAACUCAACUUUGCCUCAUAACUGCAGUCUCCUCGCCACGUGCAGUAACACAGAGGGUUCCUACAUUUGCAAGUGCAUGGAGGGAUACUCGGGAGAUGGGUUUACCUGUAAUGAUCUGGAUGAGUGCUUUCCACAUUCAACCUGUGGGAACAACAUGACCUGUCAAAACUUUCCUGGAACAUUUACCUGCACAUGCACCCUUGGUCUGGUCUAUGAUCUGGGUACAUGUGUAACUGAGAAAGACUGUUUCCUGCUUAACAGAACAGAAUGUCAAGACAUUGACGAAUGCCUUGCAGAUGACAGUCCCUGCAAUGCCAACACUGUAUGCAUCAACAAACCUGGAUCAUACCUGUGCUCAUGUCCACCGGGACAUCAAGAGGAAAAUGGUAACUGCAUCGACAACAAUGAAUGUGCAAAAAACACGACCUGCCACCCCCUGGUUCUGUUUGCGUGGAUCUUGAUGAAUGUCAGGCCAAUAGAGGUAUAUGCCAUCCUGCGGCCACAUGCUACAACUCCAUAG